GUUUGUUUGUUUAUGUUCCGGAUGGUAUCUACCGGGCUCGUGUCACUUAUCAUUUGGCUUGGUGUACCGGCAGCUCGACAUUAGCUUAAACCGUCUCACAAGUUUACAACGGACAUCACACGUGCCCCGCACUUCGAUGAUUAGAGAGAAGCCCGAAACUCCCAACGUUGGCUGGAGCCAAGAUGGUUGCUUUUGGACCAACACAUCGCUCAGCAAAAUGAGUCUAGUCCUGCAGGAACCACUGAUGAGGAUCCGUCCGCCCGCCGCAAGUCAUGAUUUCUGAUAGUGUAUGUGUUUUGUAAGUUGCUGUGAGGAACCACGAUCCACUUCGGUUCCCACCUCUCGGCAGCCCUGAGCUUGGACUUGGACUUGGCUCUUCUACUUCGUAGCUGGGCCACUCGCACAGACAGGGCAGACAGGCAUUCAGAUUUCGACAUCGCAAGGCUGCCUCUCUCAGUCUCUCUCACCUUUUUCCUAUUCUCAUCCCGCUGGCCCAGCAGUUCAGCCGUCUCACCUCCUGCAGGCAAAGCAAGCCCGCUGAGACUGUCGUCGUCUCUGCCCGGGGCGCUGGGUCGCUGUGUCUUUGUUCCUCCCACUCCACCUGUCCCGCUGCCGCUGGCUUCUAUUAGAGAUCUCGAAACCUCACAUCUCGGACCUAGCAGCUUUGCCUCACACGGAGCCUUCCCUCCUUAAUUUAUAGGACCGUGGCUAUAGCUACCGACCGCUGGAAGUUUAAGGCGGGCCUUGGUACUAGCAGCUUUUGGAAAAGGGCCUACCUUCAUACCUAAGUUGCUCCCCCUCAAGAAACCUGAAAGGAAUUCCCAUUUCCCUUUCGGCCUUGGUUGCAAGGUGGGUAUCACUUGGUUGUCGCAUUGUAAACUCCGGGGUCGGUAUCCGCUGUGAGAUCGCCCAGCCGCAGAGUCCACUGAAAGGCAAGGAACCCGCAGGAACACGCCGGGCUACAAUCUCGGCGCAGACAGCACCCAAGUUACCAACGCACCUGAGCGGCCGAGCUCGACGACACAAAGACACACGGCGGCUCGAGGGGUCUUUUCAUUUGGCCCCCUCCUCCCCUCUCACCCCCCCCCCAACGACUGCUAAAAAAUAAGCCUGCACCACAGCAGCCUCCAUUCGUACUCCAUUCGUAUCCAACCCGUCGUUGCUUGCGUCUUGCAAGAGAUCUCCACCCACCUUGGAAACCCCCCUUCGCCCAUUUCCCAGCAGCACCGACACACGCGACGAAAGAAGACCUCGACUCCAGUACAGUGUGCCUCGCUGCGGCGGACGCCGAAGGUGAUGUCCGUGGUUGUCGCAACCUCACCCAGCUUAUCGAUACAGCGCCGGCGACACCCCAGACGAGCCCCUCACCUCGGACAGCCCUCACGCCUGAUCCCAUCGCUUCAAGCCGACGUCUGCGGGACGGUCCUGUUACUGAUGAUUGGCGAAGGCCGCCGCGGCUUGCCUGAACGACAAUAAACGAUAAUAACAGUAAAGUUUAAUUGGAAUCGGUGCGGGCGCCUCACCCACCAGCAAGAUGAAUAAUACAGCUGCGACGGUGAGGAUAUCCGGGCCUCCAAACAGUAGUUUUCUGGUCGGCUACCCGGGCAUUUCGGCGACACUGCCCAGGAUAGUAGGCAAAGUCGAAAUUCGGCCGGGUGCAGGCUAUACAGCGCCAGUGCAAAUAUCCAUGGUUCGCAUAUGCUUACAGCGACGAGAAACGAUACAUCCAGCGGCGGAAAACAUGGCGCGGAGGCAUUUGGGCACCCCGAGACGAGAGACGGUCGAUUUAGUAGGGAAGGAAGUGCUGCUGUUCCGGUGCGUGUCGGGAAAAGAGGCCGAGAGCGUGAUUGCGAUGGAUCUGCCGUUCCAAAUAUUCAUCCCUUUCGGACGGGGCGGCGAAGAAGUAAACCGCCGCAUUCCUCCAGCAAGCAUCCAACUAGCCAGCCGAAUCGCCGAAACCUACUAUGAGCUGGUGGUCACAGUCCAACAAGGCUCGAGCAUGCAAAACCGAUACGCGUUCCCAAUACCUCUUCAACGAUACGACACCCUCUCCACAUUCGGCAUGUACAACCGCCCAGAAAGCAAGGUGGUGACGGCGGACAACAUUGUGACGUUGGGGAUUUCGCUGCCAAAGUGGAGUUAUGGGCCAUUAGAUCCCAUAACGGUGUACAUUAAGCUUGCGCCAAAUCCGGACUGGCUGAACAAGGCGCGGAAGGUGACGAUACAAAAGAUUACGCUGGCCAUCGAGGAGGAGAUCACGUUCAACCCGGAAGGAGACGAGCCAACGAAGAAGGUCAGCAAAAUCGCCAAACACACGCAGCAGGUAGGGACCAAGAUCCCGGAAACUGGAUAUGUUACCAACUUGGGGCUCGUGUUUCCUGCGCGAGACCUUAGGGAUUCGGAGGGUAUUGUGAAAAGGGGCAAGCCGGGAUUUCCGCUAUAUGAGGUCACCAGCUUUACGACGACGUCGAUACUGUACAAAAUUGAAUUCUUUUUGACGAUCAAGGCACAUCUAACAUCUGCCCGCGAUAUCACAUUACGGCAACCAAUUGUGAUUUGUCCAAUGGACCAACAGGCUUGCAAGGAGGAAAUGGAUGCUAUUGAGCAAGCAGCGAAAGAUGCCUCACAUGUUGACCCAAAUAACCCAAAGCUGCCGGAUCGAACGAUCAUCUUGGCACACGAUAGGGAGGCCAUUCGGUACCUGGGGCUGUGCGAAGUUGGAGGGAUGAAGAAGAUGCUGAUCGAAUAACGGCCGACAGCAGAUGGAUGGCUGGAAACGGAAAGCACCAAACGAAGAGCGACGAACCGCCGGAUUCAACCUAUCCAUCGCCCUCUGGAUGGAACUCGCGUCGCGUUCUUUCUUUUCGGUUGUAUCACACGAAUUUUUUGCGUCAAAUAAGUUACACCUUGACUAAGACGCCGUCACCGUUGCUCAACGAGAUAUUUACGAAGACAACCGUCUGACGUUCGGAAGAGACAGCUCUCGGAUAAAAAAAGAGUCCCACAGCGCUUUGACAACGACCAAAGAAUAAAAGGACCUUGAGGCCCCAGUACACCAUGCGCAAGGGCCUGAACCCAGGUUACUGGGAAUGAAGAAGCCUUUAUAUUGCGCUCUACUCUAGCCACUGACUAAAUACAUCGCUUCAAUGGCGGGGGUAGUAUUAUAGCCCAAAUGAGCGAUGGGAGCUCUAGAUGGACUAACUGACGUCCCUAUGGGCCACUCGGCGUGGUGGCCCAGAGAGUUUAUUAUUGGGGUGAUUUUGGAAGGCGUUGAAACUUGAAAGAGGGGGAGGGGGUCAUGUUUCUGAUGACAUGGUGUUAUACAAACGGUUGGGAUCAUGAUGGAUUUGUUUGAUGUCCUGAAAUGGACGGGAAUACCCCCUAUGUUUUGCAUCUGACGAUGAUGUCUUCUGUCAGCUUCAGGGGAAAUGAAGGAGGGGGGGGGGCAAGGUUUGGAUGUAUAUAUACCUAUAGUUAAACAACUUCACCCGCAACAAGGUUGGUGAUGAUGAUGAUGAAGGAUUAGUUGGAUGGAAUUUGAUGGAGGAGAAUAAGAUGAUUUUAAGGUGGUGAUAUCCCAACACCAGACAUCCAUCCGAUUUUAUCAGUGUUUAGAUGUGAAGUAACACAUAUGGGCACAUACACACA